ACCAUGGGGAUCCAAGGUUACGACACGUUCAAAUAUUUCCUCGUCUCCUCCCCGUCGGAAUAUGUAGCUCAGGUUGAAAUCAACCGGCCGGACAAGCUCAACGCCUUCUCCCCGCCGGUAUGGUUGGAGUUCGGCCGCCUAUUCGCCCAGCUCAGCCACGACCCCGACGUCCGCGCCGUCGUAUUGUCGGGCGCCGGUCCCCGCGCCUUCACCGCCGGACUCGAUGUCCAAGCCGCCUCCUCCAAGGAUGGGCUCCUGUCCGACGUCUUCCACGGCGACGGGAGGGGCGACAAGGACGCGGCCCGUCAGGCCGCCGCGCUGAGACGGCAUAUUGUAGAGUUCCAAGACAGCAUUGGCGCGGUGGAAAAGUGCGAGAAGCCCGUCAUCUGCGUCAUGCACGGCGUGUCGCUGGGUCUUGCCAUCGACAUCGCCUGCUGCGCCGACGUGCGCGUCUGCACGCGCGACGUCCGAUUGGCGGUCAAGGAGGUCGAUAUCGGCAUUCCGGCCGACAUCGGCAGCCUGGCUCGCCUGCCGCGCAUCGUGGGCAGCAUGUCCUGGGUCAAGGACGUGUGCCUGACGGCGCGGGACUUCUCGGCCGAUGAGGCCCUCGCCGUGGGGUUCGUGAGCCAGGUGCACAAGGACAAGGCGGCUGCGGUCCAAGCCGCAUUGCAGCUGGCAACAUUCAUCGCUGCCAAGAGCCCCGUGGCCGUGCAAGGUACCAAGGAGUUGCUGAACCACGCCAGAGAUCAUUCCGUCGCCGAGAACUUGCGAUACACAACGGUGUGGAACUCGUCCGCCGUGCAGUCGAAUGACCUCAAGGCGGCCUUGUUGUCUGGCCUGCGGAAGAGCAAGCCGCGUUUUGAGAAGCUAUAGCGAGGAGACAACUUUCAUUUGACCAUUCGGUAUAUCCGCCGAGAUCGGUCUGGCGGAGACAAUAGUGAUCUGUGCAUAUCCGCGAGGCUGCUGUUAUAGCGUUGCAAGCUUGGUCUUUUUCUCUCUUUUCUUCCCCCCCACCCCCCCUUGUUUAGUGUGUCCAUAUCCCGAGGGUCACGAAGCGCGUUGCAUGCACCCUCCACCAGUGUCUCUCCUAACGUAGGAUCAUGAUUGCCAGGAUUCGACAUAUGUAGCCGAUGACGGGGUCGCACAUGAGACGGUAAACGGAGUGCGUUGGAAUGCGGGUAGCAGUGGCAGUGACAGUAGUAGGAGCCACGGUGUUGGAAAGUGUUAAAAUGGGACGGGGCCGCGAGGCAACGGAGCCUCGUCGAAUAGCUUUUCUUCUUUCUUUGUGGUCCGUAUGCCGACUGGGUAUAGAAAGGGUUCACUCGGAGCCAGACUCGUCGACUGCCUGCUGGGUCUCUUUGAGUCGCUGCAAG